AUGUGUCUGGAGGGUGGCUGUGGUGUAUGUACGGUGUACGUUGAAAGACGGGAUCCUGCAAGCGGAGAAAAAGAAUCGAUUGCGGUAAAUUCCUGUCUGUUGUUGGUGUUUGCGUGUCAUGGAUUGGACAUCACAACGAUCGAGGGAAUCGGAAACCGAAAGGAUGGAUACCAUCCACUUCAAAAGCAGCUGGCCAAGUUCAAUGGGUCUCAGUGUGGAAUGUGUUCGCCGGGAAUGGUUAUGACGAUGUACGGUUUAAUGAAAUCAAAACAUGGAAAAGUUAGUACUGAGGAAGUGGAAAAUGCAUUUGGUGGAAAUCUUUGCCGAUGUACCGGAUACAGACCGAUACUGGAAGCGUUUAGAUCUUUUGCGACGAGUUCUGAUCAAUUGUGCGAAGAUAUUGAAGAUUUUGUGAAGAUCUGUCCAGGUGAAUGUACAAAAUGCGUUAGCAAAUGUAAAGUGCGAGAUGAUAAGCGACCAAUUAAAAUAAUGUUUGUUGAUAGAAGAGAGUGGCAUAAAGUGUACACUUUGCAAGAAGUUCUGAAUAUUCUGAAGCAAAUAGGAGAUCGACCUUAUAUGCUUGUAUGUGGAAAUACGGCUCAUGGAGUGUACAGGAGAAACGAAAAUGUUCAAGUGUUCAUUGAUAUCAAUUCGGUAGUAGAACUUCACGAAGUUUCAAUAUCAGACACUAUUUUAGUGGGAGCAAAUAUCACGUUAACGAAAUUUAUGGAAUUUUUGGCGAAUGCUGCAGGUCAAGGUCCACAGUAUUACUAUUGUAAAGAAAUGAUCAAACACAUACUGCUAGUAGCUCAUCCCUUAGUUCGAAAUGUUGGGAGUAUAGCAGGGAAUUUGAGCUUGAAAAAUCAGCACCGUGAAUUUCCAUCGGAUAUCAGCUUGCUACUGGAAGCUGUUGGUGCAAAGCUUACUAUAGUGAACGAAUUCGGCCAACAAAACGUGGAGAGCAUCGUAGAUUAUAUAUCGUCCAGUGCCCAGAAGAAAGUAAUACGUUCUAUCAGUCUACCGGCCCUCGAUCCGAACGUGUACGUGUUCAAAACAUUCAAGAUUAUGCCCCGUGCUCAGAACGCAUUUGCUUUAAUGAACGCUGCGUUUCUGCUGAAGUUCGAUGCAUCCAAAACAAUCACCGAGGAAGCAAGAAUCUGUUUUGGGAACAUAAGUGCCAAUUUCACUCGUGCUGAAGAAACAGAACGCUUUUUGGUUGGCAAAACUGUGUUCAGUAAUGACUCUCUUCAGGCUGCAAUUAAAUCGCUGAAUGCUGAGCUACAACCUGAUUGGAUUCUACCCGAGUCAUCCGCAGAAUACAGGAAAAAUAUGUCAAUAGCUUUGUUCUACAAACUUGUGUUGGGUAUUGCUCCAGUGGAUCAAGUAAGACCGCAAUUCAGAUCUGGUGCAACUGUACUGGAGCGGCCUUUAUCAUCCAGUAAGCAUUCGUUUGACACAUAUAAGAAGUAUUGGCCACUUACUAAGUACAUUCCCAAAGUAGAAGGUUUAUCGCAAUGCGCAGGUGAAGCGGAAUACAUCAACGAUAUUCCUCCUUUUCCUAACGAACUAUUUGCGGCGUUUGUGGUCGCAACUGUUCCACGCUCCAAAGUUGCUGAAAUUAAUCCGUCAGAAGCACUCAAGAUGGAAGGUGUUGUGGGAUGUUUCACAGCCAAAGACAUACCAGGAGCCAAUUCGUUCACACCUCAAGUGCUGGGAUUCCCAGAAGCUGAGGAAAUACUAUGCAGUGGAAAAGUAUUAUACUACGGCCAACCAGUGGGAAUCGUGAUAGCUGAAACUUUUGAAAUUGCUAACAAGGCUGCCAAGUUAGUUGAAGUCACAUAUGAAAGAGAUGGUAACAAAGUUGUUCCUCUUCGGCUAACUGCAAGUGACGGUGAAUUGAGUAGUAAAACAUUCGAAAAGGUUGGUGAAGAACAUGAUACUGCCAAGGUUAAAGACGCACGUAGUGUCGUUGGACGAAUGGAACUGUUCGGUCAAUCUCAUUUCCCACUUGAAAAGCAAACAUGCAUUUGUGUUCCACAAGAAAGCGGUUUGGAUGUCUACCCGUCGGCCCAGUGGAUGGGUGUUACUCAAGUGGCUGUCGCUCAAAUGCUCAAUGUUCCUCACAAUCGAAUCAACAUUUUCAUAAGGCGUUUGGGCGGAGCUUUCGGAAGUAAGGUCUCCCGUCAGGGAUUGACGGCCUGUGGCGCAGCACUGGCCGCUCAUCUCACCAAUCGUCCUGUCCGGUUCAACCUUACUUUGGAAGCAAAUAUGCAGCUUAUUGGAAAACGCUACGAUUGUAUUAGUGACUACGAAGUUCACGUUGAUGAUCACGGAGACGGUUCCGUGGUUGUGACUCAUGGUGGAAUUGAAAUGGGUCAGGGAAUCAACACCAAGGUAACUCAAGUCAUCGCUUCCACAUUGGGCAUUGAGUUGCAUAUGAUGUUUUGCCGUAUUUCAUAUGGAGUCUAUGCAGCGCAGAAGUCGAAAUCGACGUACUUACCGGAAAUAUUCUCAUUCGUCGGAUGGAUGUUCAAGUGGAUACUGGUGAAAGUAUGA